UCUAACACCCAAAGCCUUGCAGUACCCGCUUUUCUAUUGGUCGAUAGUUCAAAGCAUGAUCGAAAAUAGACCAAUGAUGAGUCGUUUGACAUUACCUAUGUCAUUGAUCUUUAGUCACACCACAUUCAAAAUGGCCACACGAAGUAGGAAGGGUAAGAAGUGCACGGUGAUUGGCGGCUGUGGGUUCCUGGGCCGGUACAUAGUAGAGCGGCUGUUGGAGGAGGGGUACACUGUCAACGUGUUCGACAUGGCGAAGACCUUUGAAGAUGACAGGGUGAAGUUCUUUGUUGGAGACCUGUGUCAGGAAAAGGAUCUUGCCCCUGCAAUCAGUGAUGUGCAGACUGUGUUCCAUUGUGCUUCUCCACCUCCAAGUUCUGAUGAUAAAGACUUGUUCUACAGGGUUAACUUUGUUGGUACAAAGAAUAUCAUUAACGCAUGCAAGAAGGCUGGUGUGCAGAAACUUGUUCUGACCAGUUCAGCCAGUGUUGUGUACGAAGGAACAGAUAUCAAGAACGGAACAGAAGACCUGCCCUAUGCUAAGAAGCCCAUGGACUAUUACACCGAGACUAAAGUUCUCCAGGAGAAGGAGGUCCUGGCAGCUAACAGCCCAGAGGAGAACUUCUUCACUGUCGCCAUCCGUCCCCACGGAAUCUUUGGUCCAAGGGACAGACAGAUGGUUCCUAUAUUAGUGAACACUGCACGGGCAGGGAAGAUGAAGUUCAUGAUAGGAAAUGGGGAGAACCUUGUUGACUUCACGUAUGUGGUAAACGUUGCACAUGGACACCUGCUGGCAGCUGAACACCUGCACAAGGACUCACCUGUAUGUGGCAAGGCAUUCCACAUCACCAAUGAUGAACCCAUUCCCUUCUGGACUUUCAUGUCUCGUAUCCUAGAAGGGCUCAAUUAUGCCUCCCCAAAGAUGGGCCUUCCUUACCUCCUUAUAUACUACCUAGCCGCAUUCCUUCAGCUUCUCUGCAUACUCCUAAAGCCAAUUAAGGAGUUGAAACCCACCUUUACCCCCAUGAGGGUGGCACUGGCCGGGACGUACCACUAUUACAGCUGCCAGAGGGCCAAGCAGUUGAUUGGUUACAAGCCUCUUGUGCCACUAGAUGAUGCUAUAAAGCUUACUGUGAAAGGUUAUGCUCAUUUAGAAAAUAAGAACUAAAACCAAACCAGGUACAAGUUUUUGUAGGACAUGGCAUUGCUUUAUUCUUUCUUUUCUUUUAAUGAAUAGUAUGAAGUCUAUGAAGUGAAUAUUUGCUUGUUGAUUUGAUAUAUCCUUAAAAUGUCUAAUAUUGAUUAGCGUUUGUGAUAUUAGAGUCUACUAAAAUAUAUAGAUCCUGACUGCCCAUCACAAAUAUCAGUGUAAACAAUAGGAAUGGAAAUAAGCGAUUUAAGAGAGUGAGAAGGUGGCUAAAUUUAUGAGAAAUAUUAGCAUUGUCAUGUUUUUAUUUUGCAUUUCAAUGUGUUGAAAGAGAUAGGCAGGGAUAUGGGAUCAGUCUAUUGUAGUGCUACCAGAGCACAACUAAUCAAAGUGCAAUAGAAUAUGAAGGUUAUCAUGGGAAUUAAUAUGCAUAUGUUUUAAUACAUAUUAUCAUUGCAUUUAGAUAUAUGAAUGUAUCAAUGACCAGUAAGCUAAUACAUAAACAUGUACAUGUAUUUAUGAUUAGGAAACACCUUUAAAAAUGUAGAUUCACUAUACUUAAAAUCAACAUAAUUUUGCAUUGUUCAUCUGUGGUUGAAACAACCAUAAUUAUGCAAUAUGAGACAGAACAUGUUUGUGGUGUGAUGAGGUUAGGGUAAGUGGCCAUGAGAACAUAAAACACUACAAAUAUUUCAAACUUUCAAAUCUUAUUUCUAUCCUGAUUGUGUAAUAUUGGUGUAGCCAAUAAUGUCAUAGUUAGCUUCAGAAAUUUUCAGAUGCAAAACAAAAAUUCACACUGCACAUAUAAUUAUUGCAUUUUGUGCUUUAUUCUGCAAUGUUGUCUGCAUUGCAUUGAAUAUGUUACAGGUAAUUCCCUAGGAAUCUGAAAUCAGUCAUAUACACUGUAUGGCUUCAUCAUGGGCUACCUAGUGUGUGUAAGUGUACGAUUCUCGGCAAUCUUUCCGUGGACCGAGUACACCGUGUGUGUAAUAAGUGUACGAUUCUAGGGAAUCUUUCCGUGGAGUCAGAUUUUUAUUACAGCAAACUAAUACUGAUUUCAACAAAAACUCGAUGGCCUACCGCCUAUGGCUUCAUAUGGAAAUGUGCCGUGUUUGGCAGUAUCUAUGGCUCUAAUAUAUAGUACUUCACUGUUAUUCUAUAAAUUUAUAUAUAGUCUUGUACGUAUAACCAAGAUGUAUUUGCCCUGUGGGAUAGGCUUCAAUACUCCAUGUCUGAUACUUUCAAUGCAAUGAGACAGUACAGAUGACCAACUCUG